AACCUGCCCAGGUCUGGGCAGCUUCUUCCCCAGAUCUCCGCAAACAACGCUCCCGAGGGAACCGGAGCUGGUCGCGGACACGUGCGCCGUGAUUGUGGAGAUCACACCCACCAACACGCGCCCCGCCGGCCUCCACUCAAAACUCCCUGCACGUCUGCAUCUUCCGGCCGAGCCGGGGUCGGGACGAGGGCCGCGCCCCCAACGCUGGGCUCUCCAAUCCCGCUGCGGACCCCCGGGCCUCUUUGCACCCCGAGGCUCCAGGUCGGUGCGGGGCGCUGGGCCGGACCGCCGGCCGCAGGAGCCGCUUCUUGGGCCCAGAGGAGCCUCGAAGAUCCGGCCGCCGAAGGGGAUGAUGCGGGUGUCCCCACAGCCCGGACUCCGGACGGGGAGGGCGAGCCCCACAGCCAGCACCGCGACGCCCGCCUGGGCAGCACCGAUAAGGAGCUGAAGGCAGGAGCGACCGCCGCGGGCAGCGCCCCGACAGCGCCGGGGAGCCCUAGGCAGCCGGAGCCGCGGGUCGAGGUCAUGGAUCCAGCCGGUGGUCCCCGGAACCUGCUCCCGCGGCCCUGCCGCGUGCUGGUGCUGCUGAACCCGCGUGGCGGCAAGGGCAAGGGCCUGCAGCUCUUCCGGAGCCACGUGCAGCCCCGCCUGGCCCAGGCCGAUGUCUCCUACAGGCUCAUGCUCACUGAGCGGCGGAACCACGCCCGGGAGCUCGUGGGGGCGGAGGAGCUGGGACGCUGGGACGCGCUGGUGGUCAUGUCGGGAGAUGGACUGAUGCACGAGGUGGUGAACGGGCUCAUGGAGCGGCCCGACUGGGAGACCGCCAUCCGGAAGCCCCUGUGUAGCCUCCCCGCCGGUUCGGGCAAUGCACUGGCAGCUUCUGUGAACCAUUAUGCCGGCUAUGAGCAGGUGACCAACGAAGACCUCCUGAACAACUGCACGCUGCUGCUGUGCCGCCGGCGGCUGGCGCCCAUGAACCUGCUGUCCCUGCGGAUGGCGUCGGGGCUGCGGGUCUUCUCCGUGCUCAGCCUGGCCUGGGGCUUCAUUGCCGACGUGGACAUCGAAAGUGAGAAGUUUCGGCGCCUGGGGGAGAUGCGCUUCACUGUGGGCACCCUCCUGCGCCUGGCAGCCCUGCGGGUCUACCGGGGCCAGCUGGCCUACCUCCCCGCGGAAAGGGUGGCCUGCAAGGUGCCCACCUCCCCUGCCCUGGAUCGGCAGGACCAGCAGGGCCCCGUGGACACCCACCUCGUGCCCCUGGAGGAGCCGGUGCCCGCUCACUGGACUGUGGUGCCCGAGCAGGACUUCGUGCUGGUGCUGGCGCUGCUGCACUCGCACCUGGGCAGCGAGAUGUUUGCGGCCCCCAUGGGCCACCGAGCGGCCGGCGCCAUGCACCUGUUCUAUGUGCGGGCAGGUGUGUCUCGGGCCAUGCUGCUGCGCCUCUUCCUGGCCAUGGAGAAGGGCAGGCACAUGGAGUGCGACUGUCCCUACUUGGUGUAUGUGCCUGUGGUGGCCUUCCGCCUGGAGCCCAAGGAUGGGAAGGGGAUGUUUGCUGUGGACGGGGAGUUGAUGGUCAGCGAGGCGGUGCAGGGCCAGGUGCACCCAAACUACAUCUGGAUGGUCAGUGAGCCUUCAUCCCGUCUGGAGCCGCCGCCGCCGCCGUCACCACCCAGCCAGCAGCCUCCGCAUGUGCCGCCUCCAGAUCCCGUAUGACCCUCGCCUGGCUGUGCCUUACUGUCUACUUAGUGUCAUCUGAGCUCAGGGCCCUCCCUCCCCCAGGCCCGGAGGGCCUGUCCCAGCUCCCACGGGGGAGGACGACUCCUGUGGGUAGAGGCUGUGCUUCAGAAGGACUUUCUCUGCCCGCCAAAGGCCAGGCUGAGGCCCUGGGCCAGGAGCCCAGCUGGUUUACCCAUUUUCUGUGGAGGCCACCCUGUUGUUCUGGGAGCCCCACCCCAUGAAUCAAAUCCAAAUAAAGUGGCAUCGCCA